AUGUCAACACUGACAAAAAAUUUGCCUCACAAAAAGAGGGCCUUCACGACAUACCAACACUCAGAGCAAGUACUGGCACCUGGGAGCAAAGAGAAAAAAGAAGAAACGGCAGAAGAAAGAUCGUAUGAAAAGUUGCCGAAAAUUGCCCGAAAUCCAGUUUUUUCCGAUUUUUGGGUAAAAUCCGAAAAAAACGGGAAUCAAAUUAAUCAUAUGUUCAAAACAUGGAGAAUAACCCUUCAUGAUAAAACAAAGUUGUGUCAAGUAUAUAGAAAGGCUGAAUGUUACCCACAAUCAAUUAUGAGUGAAUUUCAGUCUUUCACAAUUGGUACCUUAAAUAAUGAUUUGCCAGCUUAUGCAAUUAUUCGAGAUGUCAUCCAGUGUUUUCGUGGUGAUGCUGAAAAGUUUUAUUCCUUAUUUUACAAGGUGAUAUCAGAAUCAAGUAAUCUUUUUGGUGAAAAUCUUAAUAGAAAUUUCAAACAGUCAAUCCAGCCUUUACCAUCAACAAGGCCUGGAAAUAUUGUUAACUGGCAAGUUACCAGAAGGACAGCAAGUUUGAAAAAACAUAAACUUGUUGAUACUAUCUCUGUUUCUUGUGACUAUGGUUUGUUGUAUGAAUCUCAAGAUUUCACAUUUUAUCAGGUUUCAAUUACUAAACUUUCACGCACAAUAAAAAAAACAAUGAGCGUAUACACAGCUGGGCGUGAGUCUGUCCCUACAUGUAAUGUGGGUUGUUCAACGGAAGCAAAGUGGACUAUUUCAAAAGACCAAGCCACUUCUACUCCUUAUGUGUUGCUUAAACAGCCGUUCAGCUUUCGAGACGUUCAAGAUCUCAACCAACUGUAUCAACAAACCAAGCCUACGUGGUGUUUUAUCUUUGCAUUUAAAAUAUCGCUGAUGACAUAUUGGAUUUCAUUUCUUGUGAGAUCUUUGACAGUAUACACACUUAGUUCAUCAACAAAGUACAAUAUGAAGUCUCUUGUAUGUAUACUCCUUCUUGGUGUAAUUUCGCAAGGAUAUGCAUUUCAAUGCGAUGCUAUGUUUUCUGGACGGGUAUGCGGUAAAUACCAGAAAGCUAGCAAAUCACUUACUGAUGCAGUUCAAAUAACCAACAUGGCCAUGGCAGAUGCUGUUAGCGAGAUUGCUCACGAUACUGAAAUUUUAUUUCAAGCCUUUUUGCCAUCGUUGAAAAAUACCAACAUGAAAGAUCAAGUGAUCCGCUUAGGAAAGCACUCUGUAAUUCGUAUUUCUUCCAACAUGACAACAGAAGAAGUGAAAGCUGUGAUGGACGGUAUGUUGAAAUGGUUAAAGACGUUGUCCACGGUCGGAAUGAUUGGUGAUAAGGAAUUUGAAAUAUUCAGCAAGGUUAUUGAUGAAGCCAUGAAGAAAAUUCUUUCAACCAGCAGUAACGCUUAUCUCAUCGUCGAUAAGAUUGCGAAAGUCAAAGAAGCUUUAAAAAAUGCUUUAAGUGGAGUCAGCUUUAUCACAAGAACUUUAAUCUUAAAAGCUGUGGACAGAUUCAAUGGACGCUUGGAUCAGCUCUCAACAAAACUCUGCAGCAUCUUGACAGCGUUUGGUCUUGGAGAUAGAUGUCUGGCUAUCAAGGCAAAGAUCGAUGCAGUCAUUGCCAAAGUAACUGGGAAAGUUGCUUCUGAUGCAAUCACUAAAGCACAGUCAGCUAUUGCUGUGUCUGAAGUGCAUCUGUUUGAGAUGUUCGAAGAGAUUGACAAAGACACACCAAUUGUGAAACGUGGGAUUUCAGAUACCUGGAGCAAGGUUCAAAAAGCAAUGAAAGAUCUGGGAGAUAAGAUCACGGAUGCAACGAAGAAAGCAAUUGAGGAGUAUAAACCAAAAAUUAAGGAUGCUUUGACUAAGGUGAAGACAGUUGUUAUUGAUGGAGCAAGGAAAAUCAUUAUUGAAGUUCAUGGUGGCAUUGUAAAAAUCCUUACUGACGGAGUGACAGGCACAUCAGACUAAAAAACUUUGUAACUCUCAUGUUAACGUAAUAACAUGCAUAUAUAGCAAUACAA